GAUAAUAUAUCAAAAAUGAUGUCGGACCGCAAAGCCGAGUUGGAGAGAAAGAAGGCCAAGUUGCAGGCCAUCAGAGAAGAAAAAGAAAGACGUCGGAGAGAAAAAGAACAGAAAGAUGUUGAGGAAGCAACGGUACGAGCAGCUGGUACUGAUAAAGACCAUCGGAAGGAACUGGACGCCAUGCUUUCAUCAUUGGGAGUCGCACCAGUGUCUGAUGUACUAUCUAGUCUCUCGAGUAUGAACUCACUAGCUUCAGAUCAAAGUGCCAAUGCUACACCUGAUGCCAGUAUACAGCCAUCAAGUAUUACAUCUCCGCAGAGUGGGUCAUCAAAGAAGAGAUCUAACCGCGAAUUGACAGUAGUGUCAGUAGCCCACACAAACAUUCCACCAAAAGAGCCAGUAGUUUACAGCAAACAAACCCAGACAGCUCAGACGACACAGACCUCCCACGACGUUUUAACAUAUGAUGAUGGCCAAGCCGAGGAUGAGGAGAACAGCCUUCCGCAUAUCGAUGGCUUUCAAAGUAAACUUCCACCGGGAAUCCUGCCUCAUGGUCUGCCGCAAGUCAAGGAAGUUCUUCCAGCGGUUACUCAGGAUGAACAGCAGAAAGAACCGGAGAAACCUAAAGAGAUUCGUGAAUUGAGUGAAGAAGAAAAGCAAAUGAUAAUUCUAUCAGAAGACUUUCAACGUUUUCUUGAUAAAACAAGCCGAUUGGUUGAACGAGCACUUGCUGAGUCUGUUGAUAUUUACACUGAUUACACUGGCACUCUAGACGGUGAAGAUGGAAUGGACGAAAAAAGUCAUCAGCGUUUGUGGUUGAACCGUUCAUUUUUCUGCGACCGUUGGUCACGAAACCGUUGUGUCACUUCAAUGGACUGGUCUCCGCAGUUCCCUGAACUGCUCGUGGCUUCUUACAAUAGCAAUGAAGACGCACCGAAUGAUCCCGAUGGUAUAUGUCUUGUGUGGAACACUAAAUUCAAGAAGACAACUCCAGAGUUUAUCUUUCACUGUCAGUCAGCGGUGAUGUCUACUACCUUUGCAAGAUUCCAUCCUAAUUUGAUUCUCGGUGGUACUUAUGCAGGACAAAUUGUCCUUUGGGACAACAGAGUUCAGAAACGUACUCCUAUUCAACGGACACCACUUUCUGCUAGCGCUCAUACUCAUCCAGUUUAUUGUUUAAACGUUGUUGGCACCCAAAACGCGCACAAUUUAAUAAGUAUUUCAACAGACGGUAAAAUGUGCUCCUGGAGUCUGGAUAUGUUGUCAAUGCCGCAAGAAUCAUUAGAUCUUCAAGCAAAACAAUCAAAGCCAAUCGCUGUAACAAGUCUAGCUUUUCCUCACGGCGAUGUAAACAAUUUCGUUAUUGGAAGCGAAGACGGUACCGUUUACUCAGCUUGUCGUCACGGAAUCAGAGCUGGAGUAACAGAAACCUACGAAGGUCACCAAGGACCAGUGACAGGAGUAAGCGCUCACGCGGUCCAAGGAGGCAUUGACUUCUCGCACCUGUUCCUCACCUCGUCCAUAGACUGGACAAUAAAAUUAUGGAGUUUAAAAGAAAACAAGCCUCUGUACUCAUUCGAGCACAACGGCGACUAUGUCUACGACGUCGCUUGGUCCCCGACUCACCCCGCGCUCUUCGCCGCGGUCGACGACUCCGGCAGGCUGGACUUGUGGAAUCUCAACCAAGACACCGAAGUACCCACCGCGAGUGUCGUCGUCGACGGAUGUCCUGCGUUGAACCGCGUGUCCUGGACUCCCAGCGGCUUACACGUCACCGUCGGUGACGACUCUGGUAAAAUCUGGGUCUACGACGUCGCCGAGAACUUGGCUCAUCCUCGAGGCGACGAGUGGAACAAGUUCCUGUACACUCAGCAAGAUUUGAAGAACAACAAAGCUGACGACGAGCUAGAUAAAUUAAAUUUAAACUCUGGACCUUCUAGUUUAACUUCUUUGUCGUCUAUGUCGUCAGUCCCUAUUAGAUAA